CCUCCUGGAGCAGCGAGGACGCGCACCGAGAGAGUGACAGAACAUGGACGGAGGAGUCGGAUCGUUCGGAGCGGGCCGGACCGGGUCCACUGUGGACCCGAUCACCUUCGCCAAACAGCCGCAGACCAUUUUAAGAGUGCUGUGCUGGAUUUGCUCCUUGGUGGUGUUCGCCUCCAUCGUGAACGAGGGGUACGUCAACCUGGGCAGCGAGCGGCUCCACUGUGUCUUCAACAAGAAUGCAGACGCGUGUAACUACGGUGUGUUCGUGGGCCUGGUGGGCCUCCUGGCUGCUUCCUUCUUCUUCCUGCUUGACUACAAGUUCUCCUCCAUCAGCUCUGUGAAGGACAGGAAGAAGGCCAUCAUGCUAGAGAUCGGCUUUUCAGGAUUCUGGGCUUUUCUCUACUUUGUUAGUUUCUGCUUUUUGGCCAAUCAAUGGUCUCGGACCAAACCGGAUGACCUGCCUCUCAACCAGGGGGCGGACGCUGCUCGGGCUGCGAUCGCCUUCUCCUUCUUCUCCAUCAUCGCCUGGGCCGGCUUGACGGUGCGUGCGGUGCAGAAGUAUCUCCUGGGCACAGACAUGAGCCUGUUCACGACAGAACACAUGGAUGGAGGCGCGCCCACUCAACCCUACCCCUCUAACUCGCCCGGUGGAACCACCACGGAGCCCUCAGAGACCUACCAAAACCCACCGUUCACUGAAAACAACGCAGCCCCCACGUACCAGGUCCCCAUCUACUAGAUCUCAGAGGGUAGUCACACGUGCAGUCGCUCCGGUGUUGAUCCGAGUUUCGCUUGUUUGAAAAAAUCCGGUCUGGGGCUUCUUUAGUUUCCUCUUCUUGUUGACUUUUCUUGUUACAACAUUCCGAGUUUCUCUUUUCUCCUGUGCUUGAAAGAAAAGACCGAACGAAAGGAAACAAAAAGAGGAAUGGCAGAAGUCAGGUCCAACUCGUAGUAUUACUUCCUAAAUAUGGUGCCGCAGCGAUCACACUUGGGGAGCAUCCUUUCAAGUCAUUCAGCAGCAGCUUCCCUUUCAUGCCAAACUGGGACAGGGAAUGUUCUUUUUGUGUCACUGCUGCACCGCUUCUCUGGCGCGGCAAACAGAUGAUGAUGAUGUGUAAACUGCAUGUUUCCAAACUUAGAGAUCAACUAAGUGCCAUACUGUACUGUGUGUCUCACCGGUGACUUACUUCAGUAGAUUUCCACAUGCUGUACAAAAAUGACAAUGUUUUGUGACCAAGUGCAAUAUCACACAUUAUUACGUCGGUAUGUACUGUACUCUCCGUAUAGUAGACAUGUAACUGUUGACGCUGUCUCACGUAGCACUCCAGGUCAGGUGACAUGAGACUCUGAAGUUCAUUCUGGGAAAUAUAAUGUGAGCUUUUUGGCCUGGCAUCAAAGAUUUGGCUCGUCCAUACUGGCUUCACCUAGUGCCCAGUGAUCUUCUCUCAACCACUGGCCUCUCACACCUCACCAUCUCCUGGCCAGUUGUUUGAGCCCCCAGUCUUCUUGCACCCAAGUUAGUAUGAUGCUACUCUCCAGUCAAACCCUUCAGGCGCUGACAUGUCCAUAAGCAGUGAUUGUGUCACCAUCUCACCAGGUUUGGCAUCCCACUUCUGACACCAUUUGUACCAACUGCCCUCCUGUCAAGGUUACUUGAGACAGCGUCCGGUUUGGAGUGUAUAAAGGGCGAGUCGUGUGCGUCAGGGUGAUUUUGAAUCUCUUUGUUUACGUUCUAGAAGCUGCCAAACUGCCCUGUGUUCUUAUUCUGUUCCUCUUAUUGCCACAUGUAGUUGUUGUUAUGGUCAUGACAGCAACUACAGAGGUGUGUGUGCAUGUGUGUGUGGUUGUCUGACAAGGGGGUAGGGAGGGGGGGGUGAAGACUCAGGCAAAAAGAAAAGAUUUUUCAGGAUCAAUGGCUGUGAGGGUGAAUUGAUCCUGUCGGGGAAGGUGCAGGGUUAAGGCCGUUGCCAUGGUGAGAUGAAUCAGGGUGAUGAGGGUCACUGAGGGCCCUGAUGUAGAUAGUAACCGUGACAACCAUGUUGGUGUGUAGCCGUGUCUCUCUGUCGUCGUACACUUGCCAUCAGUGAAUCAGUAUCUUGUGUGAGAACGAGUGUGUGAAAUGAGUGUAGUUGUAGUUGGUGCAUAAAGGUUAUUUUCUUGAACAUGCGUUGGUCAGAGUUCUAGGGUAGAGAUGGAACCACCGGUCUUUCAUUUCUCCAAAAAAUAUCUAUGUCAUCAUUGUAAAGAUAUCUAAGAGUUUCUUUCUGUGUGUGAAGAACAGAGCCAAAUACUAACUUCCUGUAGUGGACUGACCCUGCGAUGCAGGGAGGCAAGAACGUGCAUGAACUUGUUGUAUAUAACUGCUGAAUCCUGCGUCAUCUUUGCGUUGACUCCAUGCGUUGCAGAGUGAGAUUCACCAGCCGUCAAUGACUGAACUGCUGCUGCUCACUGUGAGUGACCUUCAGAGCAGCAGAGUGGUUUCUCACCUUAAUCAUCUUAGCAUCCCAAACACAUACUUUGCCCCACUUUUCCCCCAGUUAAUUCACAAAAUUACUACUGUUAUGAUGCAAUAGCUGGUUAAUAAAAUGAGAAACCAUUUGACAUCGUCACUCCAGCAUGUCUCAGGUCUGCCCCAAGGCAAGUUCUUUGUUGGGUCACGACCCAAAGCUUAUGAUAGUAGAUCAGUAAAACUCCAAGACAAAAAUCUGCCCAAUUUAUUCACAAGUGGAAUCAUAGUUUAAACUUUAAUUCAACCUUUAUCGAAGAAAUUGAGCCUUAAUAAAGCAUGAAUUCCAUAUGACUCUUAGAAAACUAGCUUAUUCGUGACAUCAUUGGCAGAAGUGCACCGCUUACAUUGAGAAGCUAGAACUUAUUUGAAUGCAUGAUCUAAUGUAGGAAGCCAUUAACUAGUGACUUUUAGACAAGUCAGAAGCCCCAAGAGUUUUGCCAGAUAAGACCACUCAUUUCUUCAUGUCUGGCUCAUGUUCAUUGCUGUGCUACUGGUUGUGAAAUGGAGUCAGUGGUGUGGUGGGUCCCGUUCUUCUGAUAUUAAAGUGAUGAGAAUGCUCUCUUUGUUGGAACGAGCGCACUGUUUUGUUUGGCGAAAACAAUAAAAGGUGGUGUGUUGUGACACUGGUGUGCAUGGAUGUUUCCAUCGUCUCCCCCAUACUGGUGAAACAAGCAGCGUUUCGAGUCCUCAUCAUCAGUUCCCUUCUUUUGGAAGUGUUCAUUACCUCUUCAGUGUAAAAUGGUGUACAGAGAUGUGUGUCACUGUCUAUAAUCUGAAUGUCUCUGGACUGCAGUCUGACUGUCACUUCAAUAAAAAAAAAAAAA